UGUUUAUAAGUGAUAAACAAAAAGGUUUAAUACCUGCAUUUGAAGAGGUAGUCCCAAGGGCUCACAUUAGAUUUUGUGUGAGGCAUAUGUGGACAAAUUUCACAAAGCUCUUUCCGGGAAAGGUCAUGAAGGAUCAAAUGUGGGCUUGUGCCAAGGCAACCACCUUGCCUUAUUUUCAGAAAGAAAUGAAUGAGAUGAAAAGCCUAGAUGAUGAUGCCUACAAGUGGAUGACAGCACUCGAGAGACCAGCUAUACAUUGGUGUCGGGCUUUCUUCAACACAGAUGUGGACUGUGACAUCAUGAUUAACAACAUCUGUGAGAGUUUCAAUGCCUGGAUAUUAGAUGCUAGGGGUAAGCCCCCUGUGACUAUGUUUGAAGAAUUAAGGGUGAAGCUAAUGAGACGGAUUGCAGUGAGGAAGGAAAAAAUGGAAGGAUACCAUGGGAAUAUCUGCCCCAAGCCAAGGGCUAUUAUAGAGACAAACAAGGAAAAGGCUGUUGUGGAUUGUAUUGCAACAUUCAAUGGUGGAGACAUUGCUGAGGUUGACAAUAUUGAGGGAUCAAAGAAUGUUGUGAACCUUGCAAUGAGGACAUGCACUUGCAGGAGGUGAGACUUGACUGGAAUUCCCUGCAAGCAUGCUAUUUCUGCCAUUUACAUGAAGAGGGAAGACCCGGAUGAUUAUGUGGCAGCUUGCUAUCUCAAGAAGACCUAUAUGAGUAUCUAUAGCAACCUGGUCCAGCCUGUUAAUAGCAUGGAUUUAUGGUUUAGAGGUGAGGAUCCACCUAUCUUACCCCCCCAAUAUACAAGGCAACCUGGAAGACCAAAAACAAAAAGAUUCAAGCAUGCUUCAGAAAAGGUGACAGAUGGUGGUGUUAAACUAGGAAGGGUACAAAGAUCGCUGAGGUGUCGUAAUUGUGGCCAAGUUGGUCACAACAUCAAAAGUUGUCAAAGACAUUUACCCCCAAAAGAAAAGAAGACUGCAGCAUUGAAUAGGAAGAGGAAGAAUUCCAAUGA